CAGUAUGGGCUGAAGAAUGGCGUUUUGGGCUGUCUGAGAGGGGGCUAUAGACUUGCUCAUGGUUUAUAGGAGUAUGCCCAAUCAGGCGAGCUCCUGAAAGUAGCAGUGAAUGGUUGCUUGGUGUGAAAUGCAGAACGUCUAGGAGUUUCUUUUCAUUGACCUUCUAGUAUUCUGUCUCUCUUCAGCUGGGAUCUGCUAGUGACAAUCUGGAUCUCAUGGAUUAUAUAUUUUUAUAACCACUAUCAUCAGGAUGAUGGUGUUAAUCAGAAAGUAUUUUCAUCUUCCUCAUGUAUAAAACAAAGACCUAAUGAUGACACAUUCCUCAGGCCUGCAUUGAAAGACAUCCAUGCUCCCUAAUUAGAAAGGGCUUCCAUUUUGUUUUAGUUUUUUUGCUUUGCUCUAACUGAGAAACAUUGGCAUACCGUAGCCAGAAACUGGCGGAAAACAUGCCAGUCCAGUCCCUAAACGAAUUUGCUGAUGGUCCUGGUGGAGUAGGCAGCUCUGUCUGCUCCCAAAUGGAAAGCUCACGCUCAACCCGGGCAAUGAGACGUCGAAAUAAUAUUUCCCAAAAAACCCUGCAAGAGAUGUUUUUGUUGCAAGCUGAGGAGGGUGUGACUUUUGAAUGCAUGUUCUGUGAUGAAUCCUACAAACAUAAUGAAGAAUUGGGAAAACAUGUUUUGACCAAACAUAGACCAACGCUGUGUGAGCCCACUGUUCUCUGCGUGGAAGCAGAAUACCUCAGUCCUCUGGAUAAACACAGAAAAAGUGCGGUAUCUCCAGAGAAUGAUAUUAAGGAUGGCAAUAAAGGCUCAGACUGCGAGGUGUGCGGACAGACUUUUAUGGACUUUGCUGACCUGGAAACCCACAUGAAGAAGCACAAAGAUUCCUUUACGUACUCCUGUGAUAUUUGUGGCCGAAGAUUCAAAGAGCCAUGGUUUUUGAAAAAUCAUAAAAGGACCCAUUUUAGCAGAUCUGGAGGAAAAAACAAACAGCAGCCUGCUUCUGAAAGUCCUGUUACAAUAAAUGAGAUUGUACAAGAACAGGUGCCAACAAAUGUGACCUCAUGCUAUAAAAUGUGCAUGGUGUGUGGAUUCUUCUUCCCUGACAAAGAGACCUUGUUUGAUCACAGUAAAAUGCAUGUAAAGGGCUCCAAGUCCACUGUGAAAUCUACAAAUGCUUCAGUGUCCUGUAAGGAAAAUGUGAAUAAUGUAGCUGCAGAAAAGGUCUCCAAGGAAGAAUAUUUGGGUUUUUUAAAUUUAAAGCCAUCAGCUCCAACCACCAAAACUACAGCCAGCAAAUGGAUUGAGGCACUGGAUCCAUUCAACACCUACCAGGCUUGGCAACUUGCAACUAAAGGCAAAGUUGCUCUUGGUCAUGGUCAGUUAAAGGAACCUCUCUUUGAAAUAAGCAUGGAAACUGAUUCUUCUGACAAGGAUGAUCUCAAUGAAACAUGGAGUACAGAACAGAUUAGCCAGUCUGCUCAUGGAGAGGAGGCUGACACUAUUAAGCUUAAAGAUGGUGAAAUGGCUGCUUCUUUGCAACAAUCAGACAAUCUAAAAACCUAUUGCUCAAAAUUGCCUUAUGCAGAGUGUGAAGAUAAACUCCAAAACCACCAAAAGAAGUCCACUUUCUGCCCUGACUGUGGAAAGUUAUUUAAAACCUGCCAACAGCUUACCAUGCAUUCUCGUGUGCACAGGAAGGGUAGGAGUGACUCUGAGUCUUCUACAAUGAGCAGUAGCUGCGAGGGGCUGCUGUCUGUGGAGUCACCUGACACUCCAGCCAGUCUGGAAGAUCAUGACUCAAAUAAAAUGCAGGAUGCCUCUGAAUCGGAAGGUGAAGCUGUACUGACCGAUAAAUAUGAAGAUGGUGAAGCAAGCUUAAAAACAAAAUGCCUUCCAACUUCCAGAGAGUGCAGCUAUUGUGGAAAGACUUUUCGCUCAAAUUAUUACCUCAAUAUUCAUCUCAGGACCCACACAGGGGAAAAACCGUACAAAUGUGAAUUUUGUGACUAUGCUGCUGCACAGAAAACCUCUUUGAGAUAUCAUUUGGAGAGACAUCACAAGUUUAAACCUGGAGAAUCCAAUGCUCUGGUGAAGAGCAUUAGUAAAAGUUUGCAGCUUAAGAAGUUUCCUCUUCCUCCCCUUACUGCGCCUGAGCCUGACAGAAAGCCCUCCCAGGAAACCAUAAAUGAUACCAAAAUGGACUGUUCCAGAAUCAAACCUCCCAAGCGGAUGUCUGCCUUGCGUAACCAACUUGUGAAUGCGAAGCAAUUCCUCAAAAGAAAGGGAAUGGCUCUUGUGAAGAACAAGCCUGGGAAGGCAGAGCCUAUGGAAGAGCGAGCAGCCCCCAUUAACCACCAUAUACUUAUAGAGGAUGAUUCAUUGGCUUGUGAUGAAACUCUAGACCAAGAGACCUCUGCUGCUGAAGAGAGAUAUUCUCUAGAACAAAAUAAAGACAUUACUCCUUGUAAACCAGACUCCAUUUUGGUGGAUUAUUCGAUACCAUUGGACCUAAGUUUAAAACCUGUUCAGGACUUGUCAAACACCAUUUGUAACCGUGCCUUAUUGGCAAUCCACACUUGUCCUUACUGUAGCUGCAAAACCUUAUAUCCAGAGGUGCUAACUAUGCACCAGAAAUUGGUCCAUAAACAAUACUGUGAACUUCCAAAAAAUGGCUGUAGAAAUAAAAACCCAGCUUAUAUAAUCAAAAUGAGACGCACUGGUUGUCCCCCUGCUUUAAAAGGGGUGGAUGUGUCGCCUGUAAACUCAAAUGACAUAAGAAUAAAAGUUUCUCCGGAAUCUCAUCCCAAGACCCUUAACAAUGACCAGCCAAAACUGACCUCUGUUCUGCCAAACAAAGGAGUUAAUUCAUUACCAGACUACAGUUAUAUAGAGCAAGAAAAUAAAUCUCCCUCCGUACCCCAAAAUGGUCAGCAUAUGGUCAGAUACGUGCAACCUGAUUUACAAGGUAUUUCUCACUUGUUACAGAGAAUGCAAGAGCCAGAACAGAACCUAGCUCCACGGAGAGAAUCCUCUUCCAGUCACCAUAGCAGCACAAAUGGAUAUUGGUCAGGAGCUAAUCAAUGUAAAAGACCUGGAACUGCACAGCUAGAACUCGGGGAGCCCUUUUCAAAGAUGACCAAGCACAACAUGCCAGUCUCUGCAUCUAUCAACUAUCCUAAUGUUGACAUGGUUCAAAGACACUAUUAUAGUCAGAGUUACAAUCAAAACCACGAUGAGCCUUCCUCUAUGUCUGGAAAUUCUCUGUUGCCCACCAACAUGUGUUAUCCACACGAGGUUGAUCCUCGUUGGCAUUUAAUGAAGUCUUAUGAACACUCACCAACUGGGACACUAUAUAGAAUGAGCAACGCUUCUUUCAAUCAGGGAUCCACUUCUUCUAUGGAAGUAAAUCAUGCCUCUUUAUACCACCGUGUAUUGAAGAGAGAUGUGGACCAUAUGAAUUCUCCAUAAUCCAGGAGUAUUAAUGGGAUUUGUGGAGGAUACUGGAGCCUUCUGAUGAUUCCUCCAAGCUGCUAGAGAUCUUCUGAAACCCAUUCCCUGAAUCCUUUGGACCCUGUACUUUCAAAUGACACUAAAUUGUUACUUUGGUUUUUUAUUUUUAAAUAAACUUAGGUUACAAAUCUAGUGAAGUCUAAACUCUGGGAAUGAAUCUUGUGGAGACGAACAUUUUUGGCAUAGACUUGUUUAUUCUACACCUAAAAAUGACCAAAUAUAAUGGAAGACCAAUUUCUGUAUACUUGAACACCCCUGUGUCUGUCAUAUUGGGCAGAGUAUUGCUUGCUUGAGACUGGUUCGUGUUUUGUUUCCAUCUCUGUACUCUGAGGUAAUCCAUAAGCAAAAUGGUUAAGAUGUACUGGAUGGCUUUAUUUUGUUAUUUAAGGUCUGUGUUUAUUAGCUAUAUUAUAUUUUGAGUACACUUUAUCUGAUAUAUCAGUUGGCUCCCAUUUGAAGGGCAAGAACUGUCUUGGUCUUAUUGUCAUGCCUUAAUUAAAAUGGCAUUGUAGCUGACUGCCUCGCAAACCCCGAGAAAACAUUUCCCAUCGGUUCUCUGCUUCACAUAUUCAAAUUCUUUUAUUUCAACUCUUGUACUUUACAAAUUAAAGCAGAAACUCUGUUUUGACAAUAA